AUGGAUAUGUCUAUGGCGACACCCACAGCGGCAGCAACAUCUUCCUCCUCGAGCAUGUACAUGGGAAUGGGCAUGGGCAGCGGGAGCUCGUGCAAGGUUUCAGUAUCGCAACCCUUCUUUCCGCGCACGGAAUCUUGGCACAUCACUUCUCAUGGAAUGUUCGCCGGCUCUUGCAUUGGGGUCAUUUGUCUUGUUAUCUGCCUGGAAUUCCUCCGCCGCUUAGGAAAGGAGUACGAUCGCUUCCUCGUGAGAGAGCAUAGGCUGCGCCUCAUGGCCAUAAAAUCGGACAACUCCGUCAAGACUUCUUGUGCAAAAUUUGCGACCCCUAUGUUCACGCCAACGAUCAUUCAACAAGCGAUUCGAGCCCUGUUUCAUAUGGCUCAGUUCGCUGUGGCGUACUUUGUCAUGCUGCUUGCCAUGUACUACAAUGGCUACUUUAUCAUCUGCAUCUUCAUUGGCGCCUACAUAGGCUCGUUCCUCUUUUCGUGGGAAUCGAUUAGUCUUGCGGGUAAUCAACAGGCGAUUGUCGCCAACGAGGCAACUGUGUGCUGUGGCUGA